CGGGGAACGCUUGCUACAGAAUGCGGGCACUCGUCUGACCGAGAGACGCUCUGCGGGCUGGUUCCGCUAGAUGCUCUCAGCGAUCCGCGCUGAUGCGUGCGCGCGACGGAGACCAGAUCGAGGCGAGUCCGUUCAGGUAUUUAUCCCAUAACUUAUUCUGUCGAACUGUUGUCUGUUGUACUCCCUUGUAUGUACCGCUUCUGUGUUGUCUACGUAUCGUUGUGGAUCGGCUUCCUUCGUCUCUUGGUUGUUACUGGCCUUCUCUUACCUUUUUUUUCGUACUCGGGCGUUUCGUUGCAUCACUGCCUUCUGCUCAAUCAUCCUAUGACAUUAUGCCUCGCUAUGCCUUUAUGCACUCACUUACGAAAUAUAUCCUUUGACCUCGAUCCCAUGAUUUCUGCGAUCGUCUUCAAGGUCCAAGACUUCUGCCACCUGUAGCUUUUUCCGUGACCUUGAUGUAGACAUACCACCCUCUUCCAGGAAUAUUGUACGCCAGAACGCCUUCAACAGCCCAGGCUUCCGUCUUGAACUUCAGAGCUAAAAGUCGAACCUCUUUAUGUCCUUUUUGGGC